CGCCGUCCUCGGCGCAAUCGAAACGAAAAAACCCCUUGAGCGCCGCCAUGAGAUCAAGGGCUCCCGAGGUUUGGCGGCAUUAUGUGGAUUCGUUAACUUCCCCCCUUGUACGAUUUUAGCCCCGCCCUCUAUUUCAACCAUUUCCCAAAAGUCAUGUUUAAUUUCACUACUUCCCCUUUUUUAAUUCAAAAAAAAAAAAAAAAAGAAAAGAAAAAAUCUGUCCAGCUAAUUACUAAAGGCAUUUUCACUAAUUAUUAAAAAGUAGAAUGUUCUCUAUCACAUAAAUUUACGAAAUGAGAUAAUAAUGCUAAUUUUCCCAUUUUAAUUAUUAUAGAGAAAAAAGAAGAAAUAAAAGAUAGACAAAUAUGGGUAUAUAAUAUGAUGAGGUCCAGCAUCUUUGCAACCUUGUAUGGGUCCCAUUCCAUUUGAUGCUCAUUAAAGAAUAUUGAAAUGAUUAAAAAAAAUAAAAAAAUAAAGGGUUUUUGGCACUUUGCAUCCUUGAGUUACAUUAUUUUGGCACUUUGCACCCUUAAAUUAUAUAAUUGGCAGAUUGCACCCUUUAAACAUAUUUUUUUGGCAAUUUGCACCCCAAAUCAUUUUUGGCUUAGAAAACUUACCUGCAACUUGCUAAGAAACUUGGAAGAUGGGCAAAUUCAUAAUUUUCUUAUUAUCUAUCACCUUUCCCCAAUUCUUAAUCAUCGUUCCACCAUAUCGUACGUCCCUUUAAUAAAAAAAUCUUAAAAUCUUUUUAGCCAUUUCUUUCAAUUGUAAAUCAGUAUAAACACUAAACAAUAAUAGUAAAUCACUUUUUUUUUUCGGUUUUGAGUUUAAAAAAAUAAUGUAACUAGAAAUUUUAGGCCGACCCUCAAAUUUUUUAUUUUUCUUUUGAAUAGUCAAAUGAGAUAUAAGGCUACUAGGAGGUUUAUUUGGUGGUAGAGAUGUGGUGCCUAUUAGUUUCAUCAUGGGAGGAAUUUUGUGCUCCCAUUGAAUAGUUUUGAUCUGAAAAAUGACUAAAAAUAAUAGCGUUAUCAUGGAAUAAAACUUGAUCUUCUGAAGGUGUGUUAUCGGACUCUUGUCUAUAUAUUUCGGUCAUUUUUGGGUUUUAGUUCAAAAUUUACAUAUUAGGGCAAAUAGAAAUGGCUAAGAAGAAUUUAGGAUUUUUUUGAUUUAAAAGACGAAAGAUAAAAAUGGUGGAACGAUGAUUAAGAAAUGGGAGAAGAGGAUAGAUAAUUAGAUAGUUACGAAUUUGCCCAUCUUCCAGGUUUUCAACAAGUUGAAGGUAAUUUUCAUAAGCCAAAAGUGAUUUGGAGUGCAAAGUGCCAAACAAUUUAUGAUUGAAGGGUGCAAUCUGUCAAUUUCGUAAUUUAAGGAUGUAAAGUGCCAAAAUGGUUUAAUUCAAGGAUGCAAAGUGCCAAAAACCAAAAAAUAAAUGGAAAUCUCACUUGUUCAAUUUGCACUACAAAUUCCCUCCAAGAUCUAACUUAACUGCACCUCAAAAUUUUACCAACUAAAUAUGUACAAACGAAAUUAUUGAAAUUUUCCACACUCAAUUCUUUUGUUCCCUUCCCCAAAUUUCCAAAUCUUCUUUGUCUCUAUUUUCUCUGUCUAUCUUCUUUUCCUUCCCUCUCUUUCUCUCUCUACAUUUCAGCUCUGCUUCUUCUGAUUUUUUUCUAUUAACUAAUGUUCAUCACUUUUGUCUCUAUACAUACAUCAGAACUAUACAAUAAAAAAACACGUCUGCUGCAAAUUAAAUAAAUUUGCAACCAUGUUAAACACCAACAAGAUUACACUUGUUCUCACAUAUGCAGUUCUUGAAUGGGUACUCAUAUUUCUCCUCCUCUUAAAUUCUCUAUUCUCUUAUCUCAUCAUCAAAUUUGCAAACUUCUUCGGCCUUCAGCCUCCGUGCUUAUUGUGUAGCAGAAUCGAUCAUAUCUUCGAUCAUCAAAAUCUAAACGGUAGCGAUCUGUUAUGUGAUGUUCACGCGAGGCCGAUUUCCGAAUUGGGAUACUGUUCGGCUCGUCGGGAAUCGUCCGAAUCUCGAGAAACGUGUGGCGAUCGAUUGUCUGUAUCUGGUAAUGGAAAUAGGGUUGUAAUAAUAGAUAAGGAAAGAGAAGGUCGUGGUUGUAUAUCAGUAUUUGUUAAUGAGAAGAAUAAUCAUAAAGUUUUCGAUAAAUCUGUCCAAGAUUAUGUCGAAGAAGAUGCUCGGGUUCGAGUUUCGUCGGAUGAGCAUCUAGAGUUCUUUGUGGACGACAGUGGUCGUAGAUUGGUUAGAGUCGAGUCGAUAGAUUCGAUAACAGAAGAAAGUCGUAACAAAGAUAAUGCAGUUCUUGAUGUGGAUUUAAAUGAGGAACCUGAAUUCGGAAUUGAAGACGAGGAUGGAAAUUCUCCGAUUUUUCAUGCGGAAAACGGCCAUUCUAUGGAAAUCAAUGCCGCAGAAACAGAGUUUUAUGCUUCUCCGACGAACAAUAUUCGGUCGUUAUUACAGUUGGAUCUAAACGAAAUUGAAGAAAAUAGUCUCGAUGAUCAAUUGAAAAUUAUCGAAAGGUUAAAAUCGGAGCUAAGGGAAGAGCGAAAUAAUUUGGAGAGUUUGUAUUUGGAGUUAGAAGAAGAGAGAAGUGCUUCCGCGGUUGCAGCCAAUCAAACGAUGGCAAUGAUCAACCGACUACAAGACGAAAAGGCGGCCAUGCAAAUGGAAGCGUUUCAGUACCAUAGAAUGAUGGAGGAACAAUCCGAAUACGAUCAAGAAGCUCUUUAUACGUUGAAUCAAGUUGUAAUGAAGAGAGAGAAAGAGAAGCACGAGAUCGAAAAGGAGUUGGAGUUGUGUAGGAAGAAGCUUUUGGAUUACGAAACGAGAGAAAAGACGAGGAGGGUAUUGAAGAAGAGUAGUACUAGUAGUAGUAGAUCGAGUGGAUUUUUUUCGUCUCCUUGUUGUAGUAAUUCCGAGGAGAGCGACGGGUUUUCGGCCGAUCUAAAUGAAGAGGCGAAAGAAGAAUCAUUAGCCGAUUUCGAGGAGGAUGAAUUCGAGGAUGUUGGAGAAAUAUCGAGGCGGCAUUAAGAAAAGAUCUUGCAAUAUGUAAAUAACAAUAAACAUGAUGAUUUUUACAAUUUUUAUAUAUGCAUGCAGAUUUUGUUAAGACAUGAAUUUAGUUACACUUGAAUUUGUUUUGAUGGUCA